GAAGAACUGCAGUAACGGGGAUAACCCGGAAGUAAACAAACCUCCUUCCGGGUCUCAAUCAUUAAAGAAAAAACAUGUAACGUCCGGCUUUCGUCAGCGUGCUAUGAAAGCUUUUAUACGCUAUAAGCCUUAACUUGGUAAAGAUGUUUACCCCACCGAAGGACGGCGUGGUAUGCAUGAUUGACAAGGCGCUGAGGAUGAGGAGGGAGGAACACGCUCGUCAGGUGGUCCUCGCCUGGGCUGUCCUCAACGUAUCCCUGGCUGGCAUGAUUUACACUGAAAUGUCUGGGAAAUUGUUGAACCGAUACUUCAACAUCAACUACUGGCCUAUUUGGUACAUUGAACUCACGCUGGCGUCGCUUUUUAGCAUCAAUGCUCUUUUUGAUUUCUGGAAAUAUUUCAAGUACACGAUGGCUCCGUCCACCAUCACCGUAUCCCCUCAGCAGCAUCUGCUCCUGGGCCUGAGAAACACAAGUAUUCAGGCUUCUCCUCCCCAGAAACCGGAGAAAAAGGAGAACCCCGGUCCGGCGGAGUCGUCCCCCUUGCAGGGCCAGAGCGUUCUGAGUUUCAGCCCGUCUCGUUCUCCGACCACCAGCCCCAAGUUCUCCCCGAGCUGUGUGCCAGGCUACAGCCCAUCUCUUAGUAGUACCACUACUCCAAGUAGUGCUCCGUAUUCUCCUUCGAUAGCCUAUGGGAAGGUGUUGAGCUACAGCCCGUCGCCCGGCUCCCCACCAUACCUCAGCAGCGUCGGGACGCCGGAAAGCUCCGUGCUGAGGGCUCGGUACCGCACGCCGCCGUCUGUGUUCAACUCGCCCGGAAGCGAGGAGGAUUACAUGGAGGAUCUGAAAAGCCUCGAGCGAUUCCUGCGCACGGAGGAGGAAAAAAGCCACCGCAGUCAGCUCGGGAGCCCCGAAUCUGUCUCCCCGAAUCACAGUCCGACAUUUUGGAACUACAACCGCACCGUAGGGGACUACGCCCAGAGUCUGAGGAAGUUCUUGUACCAACCCGCUUGCCGCUCUCAGGCGCCGUCUGCCCACAAGGAUGAGACGGACCUGGGCUCCAAACAGGCUGCGGAAGAAGUGUGGGCUAGGAUCACAACCAGUCGGGGUGUUGUGGACCGCAUUGACGGCUGGACAGCAAAGCUGCGAAAUUGGAUCAGUGACACCAUCUUGGUCCCUCUGGUGAAGGAAAUGGACUCGGUCAAUACCCAGCUCAGGAGAAUGGGCUGUCCUGAGCUCCAGAUAGGAGAGGCCAGCAUUAGCAGCCUUAAACAGGCUGCAGUGAUGAAAGCAUCUUCCAUCCCGACUUUGAACUCCAUGGUCCAGUACCUGGACAUCACGCCCAAUCAGGAGUAUCUGGUGGAUCGCAUCAAAGAGCUGGCACACAGCGGCUGCAUGAGCUCCUUUCGGUGGAACCGUGGAGGCGAUCUGAAGAACCGGAAGUGGGACACGGACCUCCCCGCCGAUUGCGCCAUCCUCAUGCACAUAUUUUGCACCUACCUGGACUCCAGACUUCCUCCGCACCCCAAAUACCCGGACGGGAAGACGUUCACCUCGCAACACUUCAGCCACAUGCCAGACAAACCCGACGUGACCAAGGAGAACCUGUUCUGCAUCCACCAAAGUAGCACCACACCACCUCACUAUCAGCUCAUCUAUCAGGGGCACAUCUCCAGUCUGCCCAAGGGCAGGAACAACUUGUUCCAUACGAUCCUCAUGUUCCUCUACAUCAUUAAGACCAAGGAGUCAGGAAUGCUGGGGCGAGUUAACCUCGGCCUCUCGGGUGUGAACAUUCUGUGGAUUUUUGAAGACUGACAUCCCAAAGUUCACAGCUGAUGACUUCAAAGUGGAUUUCGUACUCCAUUUACCCCCCUCCCAUUUAUAGUGCUCAUCUUUUUCAGGACUUCUAUUUCAGAAGCAGAAGAGCAGCACUUCAAAUUGAAAGUAUAUUUACCAGAUAGUAGCACUGACUUCAAACUAUUUUUUUAUCAAUAGAUUACAUUUUCAUCAUGCCGAAAGUGAUACAUCGGCGUCAAAUUAAUUCAGACUGUUGAAGGGCUCACGACCCGUGUUUUUGAAUGUAAUCCAGAGUACCGUAAUUCCUGGCCUACAGACUGCACCUGGUUAUAAGCCUCGGUACACAAAGAGUUUAACGUUAGCGCGGCGCUAGUGUUAAACUCUUUCUGUGUACCGAGGCUUAUAACCAGGUGUGUUAGUGUUAGCGGGGCGCUAGCGUUAAACUCUUUGUACCGAGGCUAAUAACCAGGUGCGAUAGUGUUAGCGCGGCGCUAGCGUUAAACUGUGUACCAAGGCUUAUAACCAGGUGCGCUAAUGUUAGCGCGGCGCUAGCGUUAAACUCUUUCUGUGUACCGAGGCUUAUAACCAGGUGUGUUGGGUGUUAGCACGGUGCUAGCGUUAGCGCGGUGCUAGCGUUAAACUCUCUGUGCUCCAAGGCUUAUCACCAGGUGCGCUAGUGUUAGCGCGGCACUAGCGUUAAACUGUGUACCACGGCUUAUAACCAGGUGCGCUAAUGUUAGCGCGGCGCUAGCGUUAAACUUUCUGUGUACCGAGGCUUAUAACCAGGUGCGCUACUGUUCAUGCGGCGCUAGCGUUAAAAUCUUUCUGUGUACCGAGGCUUAUAACCAGGUACAUUAGCACGCCGUUAGUGUUAAACUCUUUCUGUGUACAGAGGCUUGUAACCUUAGGGCUGAAAGCGUGUGGGGAAAAAAGUCGCAUCUUGUAGGCCGGAAAUUACGGGAUACAUUUUUUGUGGGUGUCAAUGCUAUGACAGUUUACAGGAAAAAGAAUGGAUGAGAUAUUUUCUUUUUUUUUUUUUAGGCUCCAAUGCCCUUUGUUUAAAUUUUUUUUUGAUGAAGCAUGAACAUAAAAAAAAAGAGGUCUGAAUGAACUGAAUAUCGUGGUUAUUUCGAUUGUGUGGCAUUUUUUUCAAGAUGUAGGAAUUCUGAAAUUUUCCACCUGGGACUUGAUAAAUGAAUAAAACAAGAGAAACGCUU